AUGGGCGAAAAAGCGGAUCGCACGCUGACACUUCUUCAUUUACGGAAGACUUUCAGUGAAUAUAUGCGUAUACCUCUUUCGGGAUCUCGAGAUGUCGAUCCGAAUAGAUUACUACCUUUAUUUACUAAGGUCAUGGCAAUGUUCACUCCUGCCGAACUAAAAGCUGAAUUUAAGGAAAUUCUCAACUUCACUACAUUCCUCAGUAGUGUGUUAGUGAGAGAAGUUAGACAAAGAGCAUCCAGUCAUGGUACUCUAGAAGCAGCUGUUAGCAUUGCCGAAUAUCUUCAACCAUCGUCUGCCCAGAAGGGAUGGCUGUUAUUGAAUUCAGUUUAUUUUUUAGUAUCUACGGAUGAUGAAGCUAUUAUAAAUGCUGUUUGCAAAGUUUCACUGCCCAGUACACUCGUGAAAACCAUCUAUUUAUUUUUUGAUCUACCCGAUAACGGCGAAUUUGUCGACCCGUGGCAGAAACUCAACGAAUUAAUUACCUGUUUGUUGGAUCGAUUGUGUUCUUACAAAUAUGUAAGUGAGGAAUUGGCGAAGAAGGAUGACCUUCUUCUUCUUUUUAUUGGAUCCUCCUCUUCACUAUCCGCGCACAACGUUCAGUGGCGGAAGACUACAGCAAGGAUGCUAGAAGCACUGUCUGCUAAGAGCCUUACACCAAUAGUAAUAAAGUACAUUCACACGAAAGAAUGCAUCAGAACGUUUAUAUCGAACGUGAAAUCGCCAAAACUUCAACCACAGGAAGCAGCAGAAAUGAUCAUUUGUUUGCUAUGUGUGUUGAAAGACUCAGCGCGGCAAACGAACCAACUGAUAGAGGAUUUCAGUCAGUCGAAUGGAUACUUGGCUAUCAAAGACUUCAUACUGAAGAAUGAGAAUAACCAAGAAAUUGUCCGGAAUAUACUAUUGAUGUUGAUUUCUGUGAUAACGAACGGACCACAAGAAAUUAAACCUCAGCAUUCAUCUGGCCUUGUUCAAUUGCCGACGUUUAAUCUUCCGAAUCCAUCUGGAAAUGGACUUUCUGUUAGGAAUACGCAGGCAUUUGGACUAGUUCAUAAGGUGUUUUUUGAGAGUCAUAGCCCUGCGAUAUGUGCCAUGGCGAUCGAUAUUGUGCAUUCAAUAUACACUUGUGAUCCAGCAAAUUACUUUAUUUUGGACAAGGAAUAUCCGUUGGCGUUAUUUAUUGAGCAAUUGGACAGAAAAGAUGAAGUUGUGAGGGCGAAAAUCCUUGAACUUGUGGAGCACUGCGUAUUUCACUUGAACUACAUUCCCUGUAAAGAGUUAAUCGGUAUAUGUGUACAGAUGAAGACUGAACUAGCAUCUGGGCAACAGGACAUUUGUAUAAGUGCCGUACAAGCAGCGUUUCGACUACUCACGGUGGAUUCACUGAUUAAAGACGCCUUCCGAGAAGUUGGCUUGUUAGACACUCUAUGCUACAUUAUUAACAAUCUGUUCGCACAGUAUAAACAGCGAAGUCUAACUGAAAACGAGACGAAACUCACCUUAUUGGCCACUGAUUUGCUCACCGUUAUAAUCAAAGGCAACUUAGAGAAUUCUCGGAUGUUUUCGGAUUGUUUCGGAGCACGAACGUUACUGAGCGUACUCACUGUUGUAACAGGAGAAUGGCGAAGUAGUAGUUUGCAACUGCUAAAGCAGCUUCUUUUGCUGGCAUCCACUGACCAAUACAUAGCAGGAGUAAUUCAAGUAAUUAGUCAAGUAGCCCCGCAACAGCAGCUAGAGUUCAAUGUGGAUCUCCUGAAAACAGUGCUCGGAGUACUUCGAGAAAGUCACAAGGUCAGAGUGCAGUUUCGAAAAACGGGAGGCUAUUUGGGAUUGCUAACCAUGUUGCUCGGGCUGGAAGGAGCCUUUUCGAUGAUUAGUGGCACCGGAGGGACAGUUCCUGCAGAGGCAGUUGAACUGCUAGACUUCAUUCAUCUAGUUUUCAAAGUUCUCACUAUUAGUAUGCGAUUUGAACCGUCAAAUGCCAAGUACUUCUCGGUCGAAGUUAGCUGGGAUAGUAUCACAACAGUACUUCGCUUGACUGGAGCGUUUGGCGAGAAUACAGUCAUCGAUGUAAUACAGCCGGAAUGGAAAUUGCAGGGAUCUGAUCUCAAAGAUGAACUAGCUGCGUGUCAUUCUGUCUUCAAAAUGGACGAGGAUAUUCAAGCUGGAUCAAUCCCAACCGGAAUGCCACCUUCCAUCUUUUUUGCUAGUUACAUAAUCCGACUGCUCUUCAACAUGGCGUUGGAUAAUUAUGAGAAGAUGUCUUCGGAUGUUACAUGGACGUCGUCUGAUGGAUCUCUCGAAGAAUGCAUUGUUUCAUGGACUUCAUCUGUUUUGGUACACCCAGGUGCUGUGCAGUCAAUACUGUCGCUAUUACCUUCUAUAUCUAGCGACAGUGUGAAAUGGAUGGUCAGUGCCCAGUACUAUUGUGGGCUGCUUCUGAAAGCUCUCCUCAAACCAGAAAGAAAUCAGCAGUUGAUGUGCCAAGUGGAUAUGCCCAAACAUUUGUUAUCGAUCGCUUCGAAGCUAUUCCUGUGUGAAAGUCAUAUUUUACUCCAUCCAUUCUACUACGUCUUAGAGAGGCUGUCAUAUCAGUCUAUGCAGCCAAGCCAGUUGAGACAUUUUCUGCGCCUGGAUCUACCUCUGUGCUGCCGAAAUCUCGAUGAAACUGAGAACGAAGAACCGAUAAGAUCGAAUGAAGGCGGUCCGGUCCCACUGCAGAGGGUGAAGGCCUUGGUGUCCAUGAUGACGCCUCGAGAUCAGCGUCUCUCUCACGCUCCUUCCUUUGUUGAGACCGAUCUGGCCAUGGAAGGGUUUGGUUGUUUGUUUAUUCCAUCGCUGGCACCUUUGUUCUCUGCGAAUAGAACUGAAAGAGUAUUCCCACCGCUUAAUGGAAUUUCACUCUCUACCUGGCUGUACAUCGAUGCAUUCUCUGAUAAGAAAUUGGAUGCCCAUCCGCUGAGGCUUUUAACGAUAACCAGAACGGUGACUUGGCAGGAUGAGAGACGCAAACAGGGACCAUGCCAACUGGCGUGUUUGACCAUACAAGUGAGCCCGAUGGAUAGAAGUUUACUAAUUUCCACGGAUGAGCACGAGAAUCCUGGCGGAGACCUUGAAAAGGAAGCGAAGAUCCCCUCAGAAAAGGCUAUACGGGUAGCACUGGCGGACAUCGUUCGACCAAUGGAAUGGACUCAUGUCUGUGUGGUUCUUUCACGUUCCGUUCUGAAACCUAGCCAAGCGAGUGUGUAUAUAAACGGCCGAUUGGUAUCCAGCCAAAGGCUGCAGUAUAUUGUACAAACAGCAGGUGGAGCUGCAACGCAGUUAGCUCAGACUCAUGUAGUAAAUGCGGUAAUUGGUACACUACCAGCCAUGAGAAGGCCAAGUCGAUUGAGAUUUCGUCUCGCCUCCACAUUCCUCAUUGAAGAGCCGUUAUCCGCUGAAACCGUCCGUAGUAUCUAUGAUCUGCAACCACAUUAUGUUGGGAGCCUCCAAGCUAUUGGACCAGAAAGAACGUCAUUGGUACAAGAGGAAAAGAUUGUAUUCGCCCUGAACGGCAUGGCCACUAGCGAGAUGACCCUAGCAAAAAUUCGCACCGUACAUAACAAGUUGGACGCGGAAAUAUUGGCGCCGCAUUUGGGGAUCUCCUCGAGUGACAAUAGCACUCCCUUGAGAAUAAUGCUGAAUACGGUCUUUCAUGCUCCUGGAUCAGGAAGAGCCUUUGGAGCAGUUAUUAUUGGGUAUUUGGGGAUGCGAACGUUUAUCCCAAGGCCAGUGCCUCGACUACUUGAUUCUAUGGGUGGAUUUGCCUGCCUCUACGGUCUAGUAGCGAUGGCUACCGACUCAGAAGGAUUGUAUGCAAGCCUGAAGGCAGUGGUGUCAGCAGUCAGGUCGAAUAGCAAUCUGCAGGCAACUCUUCAUGCGAACAGAGCCUAUCAGACUUUGGCCGUGCUCUUGGAGGACAAGGCUAAUUUGUUGAACUCCCAUAUUAUGCACAUGGUGUUCAGUAUGGCAGGGACUUUAGAUACAGCAAGAGAAGUAGCAACGAUUCCGAAUGGACAGGCCUUUGAGGAUCUGCUAUGUGACCUAGAUGUCUGGUCAAGCGCUCCAGAUGAACAGCACAGGAUGCUUUACGAGCAUUUCUAUGAACUUAUCACAGACCACCAAAGAGAAAAUCUAGCUAUUGUACGACGAUCACCUCUGCUGUCGAGAGUAUUAUUCACGUUGUUCGAUCGACCUCAACUAUUAUGGGCAACAAACGAAAUUGUUUUUAAUCUAUUAUCUGCGAUUGUCCAACCUCAAUGUGAUAAUCGAAGCAUUCUAAAGUUGGGACAGGCUAUUGCAGGAACGCUACCCACAACAACGGACGAUCUUGCCGUGGAGUCGCAACUACCAUUCCACAUUUCUGAGCUGCAUAAUCAACUGAUUGCGAAUCAGAAACCUGACGAGGGAAAGCCCAGUCCCCUUUAUAAUGUGUAUGUUCGGAACCGUUUGCUAAACAUGAUUGCAAACUUUUUAUCUCAUUCAAGUCCACAACUGAAUCAGCACAUGGCAGAUCAAAUAGUGCGAGUUUUGGGUUUCGAUUGGAUAUAUUGUCUCUUCUCUCCCGGAGUCCAUUCUGGAACUGUUUUUUUGGCAUUGCGGAUCCUUCUUGCACUUCUGGCUCAUCCACAGUUACUGGCGAAAUUCCGUGAGGGAACAGCGAAUGGUGGCUGGCUGGCUGAUGCCGAUUCUGUUGUGAGGAACAGGGCAGCCGUUGUGCUUGGAUUCUCGGUCUCUGCUCACGGCGGUGCUGUUGGCAGCAAGAUUGAUAUUAAUCCGGAGCUUCAAAACUGUGCAGGUUUUGCAGCUCUUGAGCAUCUCAUGGCUGCGCAUGCGGAUAAGCCACAUGCCUACCUAGCUAUGCUUGCAGUAUUGGUAGGACAGCCUGUCAAAGACCUUCGAUUCUGCGAAAAUUUUAGCGUGGACCAGAUUUGGACUCAUGUGUUUGGCCUAUCCUUGAACAGCUCAGUUUACGAAGCUAUCAGAUCAGCUGAGUUCUGUUACGACGCUCUUAUUCCGCUCUUAGCAAUGGUUAGAGCGUGCAUUUAUUCCGGAAAUGAGGCGCUUCAAGGAUGGCAUGUUGACUAUCCGUCCGCCGUCGUACAAAUGAUAACAUUUCUGUACCAAAAUUCACCGAAUUUCUUUGCAAUAGCUCACUCCGAAGAGUUUGUCCUUGCAAUGUUCUCGUCCUUGAUUCAGGAUACGAAUGCUAUGGGUGUGAGAUCAGAAACGGCUGAUAGAAGCGCAGUAGGCACACCAGAAUUGGAAAAAGUGCAAGCAGUCCUUACGUUACCCAGCGUGAAAGCCGUUCUGGAUUUCAUGAAGAAAUUGUUCUGUGAUGAUUUCCAAGUAGCAGCUGGUGGAAGAGCUGACAGCCUAGUAGAUGUAAUCACUGAGAGUGUAGCAGAAAACGGAUCGACAAGGAAAGUGCAAAUACUCACUCUCAGUGCUCUUGUUCAUGCAGUGUUUGAUCACUUGAUAAGCACUGAUUUGUUGGUGUCGUCAUCGUUACCGCCAAACGCUCCGCCUCAAUCACUGGCGCAGGUGGGAGUGAACAUCUCAUAUAUGGCACUUCGUGCAGUAGAUUGCCUUUGGAAUGGGCUUCUGACAGGAGAACCACUGAAACUUCUUCAACUCCUCUACAGUGUGUACUCAAUAGCUAGCCGAAAAGAGAACAAGGAAAUUAUUCUGGAUAGCCUAACAUCGUCCAUAAUGCGAUGCGUACUCUACAUACUGAGCAGACCGAUCGAAAAUGUUCAAGUCCAGAUGUCUGUUCUGGACACGUUAUCCUCAGUGGUGACUAAGCGAUACAUUUUUCUCUCGUCAAAUGAAAGCUGGUUCUUCACAUCGCUAACUCAUCUGAUCUUUAUGCUCAGCGUGACACCAGAUAUUAUGCAACACGAUGGUGAACCAUUGGAGAAAGCUAGCGCCCAGGUCGCUGUUUGCGCAUCUAGAGUCUGGACAGAUGUGAUUUCUUCGAAGAAAGCCCUACUUGAAGAGGCAUUUAAGAAGCCAACUGUUUGUGAGUUGAAUGCAGCCAGAGCACUACUAGCUAAUGUCGCCGGUCAACAUUGGCAUCAGUUUGUGGAUAGCCAGUUAUCCGGACACUGCCAGAACCACACGAUUUCCAAAGAUAUUCAGACGCAGAUAAGCUCGAAAAUUACUCGAGUAGCUUCUGGACUUCACAAGUUAGCGAGUAAAAGGACUCUCAGCUCACACGGUAGUAUCAGUGCAGCACUUCCAUGGAAGAACGUGAGCGUAGACAAAGAGGUGAUCCACAUGUGGUUACGGGUGCAUGUGAGUCUUGUGAAAGAGUUAGUGGCGGCGCAAGCGACUCGAUAUCAUGAAUGGCAUGCUCAUGCGAAGAAAUGGUCAUUGCACGAAUGGCAUCAACUAGAGGCGGAACUCACCCGGGAACGUGGUAUAUGGGGUCCCGAGAAGGCGUCAGUGCUUGAUAAAUAUAAGCUGGAUACCACCGAAGGCCCUUCGCGUACACGACGAAAAAUGAUUCCGAAUCGGUUCUUCUACCACACGUUCCCUUAUAGACCUCAUCUAGAUGAACCUGGAGCGAAAUCCAUGAGGGCUAAAGUUGCAAUAUCACGAGACAGCGAGCUGUAUUUCAACGCAUGUCGUAGACGACGUGGAAGAAUCAUUGACACUAGGAUUAUCGAUUAUUCUGUGGCGAUAUCCACUCCAUCUGAGGAGAAGCCGGCGUUCACGUUCUGUGAUCUUGCACAAAUCAACACGUCACUGAUACGUAGGUUAUCUACGCGGCCGCUACUUGAAGCACCAAAUGCGAUGUCCUGCGAAAACGACGGAAAUAGCAAGGAAAAUGACAAUGGGGAUGAAAACGGUGCUAAGGACCCAUCUGUUGAGUUGGAAGAUGACCAACAGGAUGAAUCGUCCGCAAGCGAUAAACCAAUGUCAGAAAGUCGUGAGGAAGUAAAAGAAGAAGAGAAAAAAGAUAAUGAGAUGAAGAAGAAAAGAGGACCCGAUAAUCAAACAUUACUGCGGUUACUUGAACAAGGCGAACAAUUGCACAGUAUGUUCCGUUGUGCACGAAUACAGGGAUUGGAGACGUCGGAAGGAUUAUUAUUAUUCGGACGGGAACAUUAUUAUGUGGUUGACGGUUUCACUUUGCUGAAAACUCGAGAGAUCCGAGAUCUAGAUUUUCUAAGUCAAGAGCUACACGAUCCUAUUGUGCCUUACACAGCUACCGGAGCGACACAUCCACCAAGGUCGUCAAGGUUGUGCAGCAAAUUCAGUUAUGAGGACAUUAGAGAAGUUCAUAAGAGGAGAUAUCUCCUACAGCCCAUCGCUUUGGAAGUGUUCAGUGCUGACGGGAGGAACUACCUACUAGCGUUUCCGAAAAAGAUGAGAGAUAGAGUGUAUGAGAAAUUGUUGUCUAUGGCUAAGGGACUUACUUCUGGUGGAACUGAUUCUGUAGGAGGUCAAAAAGCAAACAUGGCUAUAGAGCAGAGUGGUAGAGCAUCGUUGAUAAACUCGAUUAUUGGACAACAGUCGGUGACGCAGCGCUGGUUAAAUGGGCAAAUCACCAACUUUCAGUAUUUAAUACAUCUAAACACAUUGGCUGGGCGAUCCUACAACGACCUUUCACAAUAUCCUAUACUGCCAUGGGUUCUUGCCGACUACACUUCAACGUCGUUAGACUUCACCAAUCCGAAAACAUUCCGUGAUCUGUCGAAACCAAUGGGAGCACAAAAUCCGCAGAGGCUGGAACAAUUCCUGAAAAGAUAUCGGGAAUGGGAUGACCCUACGGGGGAAACGCCGCCGUAUAUGUAUGGAACACACUAUUCAUCUGCAAUGAUUGUUGUGUCGUACUUGGUCCGGUUAGAACCAUUCACUCAGCAGUUUCUGAGCCUGCAGGGAGGUCACUUUGAUCUAGCUGAUAGAAUGUUCCAUAGCAUUGGCGAUGCAUGGACUAGCGCCAGUCGAAACAAUAUGGCUGACGUUAAAGAGUUGAUUCCCGAGUUUUUUGUACUACCAGAAUUAUUGCUGAACAAAAAUCGGUUCGAUUUCGGAGUUAAACAGAAUGGUGUCGCCCUGGAUAAUGUUAUCCUGCCACCAUGGGCUCACGGUGAAGCACGAGAAUUUAUCAGACUCCACCGUCAAGCAUUAGAGUGCGACUAUGUCUCCUCCCAUCUCCAUGAAUGGAUAGAUUUGGUUUUCGGGUAUAAACAAAACGGAGAGGAAGCUGUGAAGGCAAAUAAUUUAUUCCAUCACCUAUUUUAUGAGGGUAGUGUAGAUUUCGAGUCCAUUAUCGACCCUUUGACAAGGAAUGCAACUAUUGGAUUUGUAAACAACUUUGGCCAAAUUCCAACGCAGUUGUUCAAGAAGCCACAUCCUCAGAAGAAAGUAAGCCCUGUGGAUGGGUUCUCAAAUACACCUGGAGUGACAACCCAGAGGUUGUUCUAUCACACACUACACUCUUUAAAACCUCCACAGACUCCCAUAAAAGAACUACGAUCUGCAGUCGGAUCGAUUUAUCAAAGCGAUCGAACAGGUCUUGUUGUGUUGGAACAGAACAAAGUGCUGAUAGGAACAAACAAAUACAUUGCUUGGGGAUAUCCAGAUCGAUCAAUACGUAUGGGACAAAUAGACUCAGAUAGGUCUUCAUGUAUUCAUGAGAUGUGUGAUGCUGACGAGUUGACGUGUGUAGCUAGUGGAGAUGAUCGUACGCUGUUCUGCGGAAGUAGCACAGGUUGUGUGAGUGUAUGGACGUUGUGUCGAAAACCGGUUUCACUGAAGCGGCGAAAAUUGUUGGAUGGACAUUCGGAUGCAGUUACUUGUCUGGUUGUUUGCUCCGCCCACGCAUUCGUUGUGUCAGCGAGUAGAGAUUGCUCAGUCAUAUUAUGGCAUCAAUCUGAGCUUUAUUUGAUCCGGCAACUCCCUGUUCAUCCUAGUCCCGUUUCAGCAGUGGCAGUGAAUGAUACAACGGGAGAUAUAGCGACAUCUUGCUUGACAUUGCUGCAUUUGUGGUCGAUCAAUGGUGAAUUGCUGGCUGUAGUGAACACUUGCGAUUCGAAUCUUGUGAUGGAUCCAUCACAAAUGAUUCUGAGUUUGACUUUUAGUACGGUAAAUGAGUGGGAUUCGGAUAACGUUGUAGUUUGUGGUACUAGCGAUGGAGUAGUGAAGAUAUAUUCUUGUGUGAUGGUUGAAAAUGAUGGAUCUGUUGAAGAGCCACAUAUGGAGCCACAAGUAAAGCAAGGGACCUCAUCGUCUGCGAGCGUCCACGCUCGACUUGACAGGGUUCGUCGACGGUUGAAAGUUAAUGGGAGCCAAGACACAAGUGAGGCACAUAGCCCCGAGCCUCCAACAAGUCCUGUUGCUUCUGGAACACAAAUGAAAAAUACCGAUCGCCUGAUAUGCCCACAAUAUGUAAGAGUGCUUCUGCAACGUGCCGCUCUCACCGUCCACACAGCCUUCAACAGACCUGAUAAUACACAUCCGGCUCCAAUUACCUGUUUAGCGCCCAGCAGAGAUCACAAAUCGUUUCUUGUCGGAGAUGGAGUGGGACGAGUUUGGUGUUGGCAAGCAGGUGAAGAUGGUGGCCGGGCAGAUCACUGGGUCCAGGAUAUGUCUCGACAGCGCUGCACGCAGUGCGCUCACAAGUUCUCCAUAGCUGAUCGAAAACAUCACUGUAGAAAUUGCGGACAAAUAUUUUGUGCGAAAUGCAGCCGAUUUGAAUCACAUAUCACACACAUGAAGAUUUCGCGCCCUGUUCGUGUUUGCCAGAAUUGUUUUCUUCGUCUACGAGCCCAAACGUGA